UACAACCAUUACAUUAGAAUAAUAUAUUUUUCCUGGGUCAUUACCAUAUCUUGUCCGUUUGAGAGAGGUACCUAUAUACCUACAUGUGACCGUUUAGACAGGUUUUACUGUAACUUAAGUAUUUAAAUUAAUUAAAAAUAGUUAGUCAAUAACGAUACUCAAAGUUAGGAUGAUUGAAUGACUGAUUUUGUAAACUAAACAUAAUAUUUAUAAUAUUAAAAUUGAAGUAUUUCAAAAAAAAAAAUGUAGACGUCUGAAAUGAUCUCAAAAUUGUUUUUAGACAGGUACCUAUCGUAUUAUUUACAACUGUAUAAUAUAUUGUUUGAUUAUGGUUCACAGAAUUACACCAUGCAUAUUAUUGGUUUGUUUUUGUAUGCCACAAUGGUUUUAUCGUCGACAAUCCGACAAAAAUCUAUUAUACAACCAACAGUGGUCGGCAUCUUGGAAUCUGAAUUGCAGUCUUCGGCGGGACUCAAAUCAACGAGCAUUUUGAAGACUACAAUACUAUCGGAUAAAAAAUGCAUCUGCACACCUUAUCAUAUGUGCAAAAACAAUAAUGGGACUCUUGGUGGCAAUAAACAGAGUAAUUUAAGGAUAAACACAACUCCUUGUCAAAGUUAUUUAGACGUUUGUUGCAAUGAUACAAAAAUUACUUCGACCGAAAAGUACAAGUCAAGUAGCCCAGAUACUACAGAUAGCAACUGUAAAUGUAAUGGCUCUGAAGAUUAUAGUGAAGACGUGAAUUUUUUCCUUACAGAAUUAACAUUAGAGCUGUUUGGUGACAAAAAAGUAACUAAAAAGCCAUCUGUUGGGCAAAAAGAUGAGUCUGUUAAAAAGCCAUUCGACAGUGAUAUAGGAGAUAACCCUAAAGAACCAUGCAAUUGCCAAAAAGGAGAUCCUACUGAGACGUCGUUAGAUAGCUUAUAAUUACAUUUUUUUAAAUUAAGUGUUGAAUUAUUAUACAAUAAACAAUCUUUUUUUUCUUUUAAGAAAAACGAAUAUUUACAAUCUGUAUAGUCAAGUAAAUAAGUAAUAUUUACAUACCUACCUAUGUAUAAAUGUACAAUGCUUGGUGUCUUGUGUGAAGGGGGAAAUGUGACAUCCAGUAACACUUAUUUAACUUAAUUUGAUUUUUAUAGAGUGUUUUAAAAAAUAUAUAUAUUUGUCUAGGAGGUCACGUGGCCAAUCACGCUUUGAAACAACAUAUUUAUGCAAAACAUGUUAUAUUAUUAAUUAUAAUUUCAAUAUUUAUUAGCAUAAUAUAUAAUUGUAUUGAUUUUUUUUGUCGACACUCUGAAUUAGUAGUGCCUUUUAUAUGUAUUAACUAGAAAAUAUUAAAUAGAGCUGCUAUGAAUUUGAUAUAGUGUUGGAUACAAUACCCUAUUUUCCAGUACCAUGCGGCAUACUAUUUUCAUGUCACACAUUCCAUCAUCAAUGAUUGAGUAGGUAGGCGUUUUUAGAUUGAAGUAAGGCGUAAAUAUUUCAAUAUUUAUCAUAUUAUAUGGGUACUAUAUUAUAUGUUAUUCUGUGGAAUUUUCAUAAAACUUAAUUUUUAAUAAGGACAUGUUUUUUCCGUUUCAGACCUAUAGCUACUGAAACGUAUAAUAGUUAUACCUACCUACCUAACUGAGUUAAAUAAUAUUAAUUAUAUUGAA